GAGUGUAAAUCGAUUUGUCGACCGACAGUCGCGUGAAUGUUAUUUUCGCGUCCAUCUCUCCCUCUUUCUUUCUUCCUUUCUAUCUCCCUCUGAUCUCGCGUCACCGAUAUUCCUCUGUGUUUUUCUCGUCGGGUUAUCGCGUCCUUGUGCAAUCUUUGACGACAUUGCGGGAUUUUGGCUGUCGCAUAAAAAUUUCGUCUCGUUUGGAGUCUCGCGGAUGUUUCGAUCGUCCCGCAAAAUUGCAUCGAAUAUGAAUCGAGCGCGAGAAAACGUUGAGAACGACUGGGAUAACCAAUAGGGAUAAAAAUGUUGCGCGAAGAUCUCGUAUUUUGACAUAGAGUAAACAGCAGUUAUCACAUAUCGCAACUCGUAUUGUUUCGCAAACGCAAGCGCAGCCAUCGUAUGUUGCAUCGACUCAACGAUACGCAAAAAAAUAUCUCUCUGAUUUUAGAUUCACGUGCUCGAAACAUCCAAGAUAGUGAAGCUUCUCAUAUCUCUGUCUUUCGUUCGCACUGAAUUUCGCCGAUCAUGAGUAGCGUACGUUGUUGCUUGAUUAAUGCAGGUCGUUUAAUAUCUUCUAACCAUGUCAACAAUCAUCAUGUACAUAAAAUUGUGAGAAUCGUCGUGGCCAGUAGAGCUUUGACAGUUAGCGGCAGCUUAGCAAAAGCUCCAACCGAUCCUACGCCACCCUCCAAAGAUACUACCACGUCCAGUGGAUCUACCAGUAACGGCACUGGUGGUGGAAAGAAGAACACGCUGACCUGUCCAAAAUGUGGUGAUCCUUGCACACAUGUAGAAACAUUUGUAUCAUCUACAAGAUUUGUCAAAUGCGAGAAGUGUCAUCAUUUCUUCGUUGUGCUGUCAGAGAUUGACUCGAAAAGAAGUUUGAAAGAAGCACUAAGACCGGAAGAUGGUAAGCAAGGAUUUUACAGAAAACCACCUCCACCUCCAAAAAAGAUAUUCGAAUAUCUGAACAGACAUGUUGUGGGUCAAGAAUAUGCUAAAAAAGUGCUAAGUGUUGCCGUUUAUAAUCACUACAAACGAAUCUACAACAAUCUGCCAGUACAAACUUCGCAAACGCAAGCCAACAUUAAUCCAAUCAGCACGCAAGAAACGAAUCAUCCCUUCACUCAUAGAGGUCCUAAGCCACAUUUGCUACAUAUAUCGGGUAUUGGAAAUCCAUUUCCGGGAGUUGGAUUUCAACACACAGUCACUCCCGGAGGCGAACAGAAAACGAGCAGUCAAUCUGCACCUGGAUCGGCUAUAUUAGAUAGCAAGCAGCAUCAACUAAAAUUGGAAAAAAGUAACAUAUUGUUGCUUGGUCCUACGGGCUCUGGUAAAACGUUACUCGCGCAGACAAUAGCGCAAUGUUUGGAUGUUCCAUUCGCCAUCUGUGAUUGUACCACUCUCACGCAAGCAGGCUAUGUUGGCGAGGACAUUGAAAGCGUUAUAGCUAAGCUUCUUCAGGAUGCUAAUUAUGUAGUAGAUCGUGCUCAAAUGGGUAUCGUCUUCUUAGACGAGGUUGACAAGAUCGGAGCCAUACCUGGAAUCCAUCAGUUGCGAGAUGUGGGCGGCGAGGGUGUGCAGCAGGGAAUGCUGAAGAUGUUGGAAGGAACAAUAGUAAAUGUACCAGAAAGGAAUAGCUCGAGAAAACUGCGCGGAGAAAUGUUGCAAGUGGACACGACGAAUAUUCUUUUCGUCGCAUCGGGUGCUUACAGCGGCUUGGACAGGCUGAUCGCACGACGCAAAUCAGAAAAAUAUCUCGGAUUUGGCGCUACGCCUGCGGCCGAGAGCCCGGGCAGGAGAGCGGCGACUUUGGCUGAUGUUGCGAAUAUGUCACCUUCUACCGAGAGGGACAAUAAAGAGAAGGACAUGUUGCUGCAACAGGUCGAAGCUAGAGAUCUCAUUGAUUUCGGCAUGAUACCUGAAUUUGUUGGUAGAUUUCCCGUACUCGUGCCUUUUCAUACCCUCGACAGAGACAUGCUAGCGAGAAUUCUCACCGAACCGAAGAAUGCUAUUGUUCCUCAAUAUCAGAUGUUGUUCUCAAUGGACAAGGUGGAGUUAACGUUUGAUGUGGAUGCAUUAAAUGCAAUCGCAUCUUUGGCAAUGGAGAGAAAAACAGGUGCGCGAGGUUUACGAGCGAUAAUGGAAUCUUUACUUUUGGAACCUAUGUUUGAAGUACCGGGAAGUGGUAUAGUGUCCGUUCAUAUCACAGAACAGUGCGUGAAAGGCUGCGAAAAGCCGCAAUAUGUGAGACGAGACGAUAGCAAUGAGGAUGAUGUUCAGCAAGCACAGCAUGCAAGAUCGAAAAACCACACAUACUAGCAUUCCACAUCCAAUCAAGCUUUGCAUCAUGUAUGCAUUUAUUGGUGAUAAAUUGAAAACAAAAAGGUCAUAAAUUUGCCAUAAAUUUAAUAAUA